CGCUUUACCGCAGUAUCACUACAUUUCUGCAGCACUCAUCAAAACUCUGCGGCAUGAAGACAAGAGCCGAGGGGAGGGCACUCACUCGGACCGGGCUACCUCUUACUUUUAGUCUGCCUUUCUCCAUCCUUACAUAGGCUUCUCUUUUAUGUUCCAUCACUGCUAGAUAAAAAAGGACUCCCUUCUCCCUCUCUCUUUCUCAUCUGCCUUAGGUUACAUUUAUUGCAGGGUUUUUUGUUUUUUUUUCUCAGGGAGGCUUAUCUUGUAUGACAAAAUGGCAAAGGAUGGAGAAAAAAGCGAGUGGAAGGAGUUUAUAUGGAACCCCAGGACGAGGGAGUUUCUGGGCAGGACGGCCAGCAGCUGGGGUCUCAUUCUUCUCUUCUAUUUAAUUUUCUACAUCUUCCUGGCCGGCCUGUUUGCUCUCACCAUGUACGUCAUGCUGCAGACGCUGGAUGACCACAAGCCCACCUGGCAGGACCGUCUCUCCACACCAGGCAUGGUGAUUAGACCCAAGGCCGACGAGACCUUUGAGAUUGUGUAUGACAUCCACAAAACUGAGAGCUGGGACAUGUACGCUCAGGCCCUGGACAAGUUCCUGGAACCCUACAACAGCACCGUCCAGGCCCAGAAAAACGAUGAAUGCAAACCGGACCAAUACUUCAUGCAGGAGGACAGCGGUGACGUGAAAAACAACCCCAAGCGCUCCUGUCAAUUCCAACGUGCCCUUCUGGAGGACUGCUCGGGAAUGAAUGACCGUUACUAUGGAUACCAGGAGGGCAAACCAUGCAUCAUUAUCAAGAUGAAUCGGGUUAUUGGUAUGCUACCAGGAAAGGAUGGCCAGGCUCCUUAUGUCACCUGUGGUGCAAAGAGGUAUAAGGUUGGCAAAAAUGAAUGGAGAGAAGACACUGACAAAAUUGGAGAGUUGAUGUACUUUCCUUCCAAUGGCACGUUCAACCUGAUGUACUACCCUUAUUAUGGAAAGAAAGCUCAGGUGAACUACUCGCAGCCUUUGGUUGCCGUGAAGUUCCUUAACCUCACCGCCAACGCCGACGUCAACAUUGAGUGCAGGAUCAAUGCCAACAACAUUCCCACCGGGAGCGAAAGAGACAAGUUUGCCGGACGGGUGUCUUUCAAGCUGAGGAUCAACACCAUUAACUAGGUUUUAAAGCCUUUUUUUCCUCCCCCUCCUCCUCUGAAAACCUAACGCUCUGCAACAUGGACACAUGCACAGAAACACAUUGCGGCAUUCCCACCCUUUGUGGAUUUUGUUUACAACCAAUCCCUCCCCAAAACCAAUCAAUUGAUGGGUGCAGACAUUGUGUGUGAUGAGAUCAGGCAAGAAUAAAGGGUGAUAAUCCUGUAAUUAUUUCUGUCUGUGAGCUUGGGGACAAUUUUUUUUUUGUAAAUUAAUUUGAGGUGACGUCUAUUUAUACUGCAUGACAAACAACUAGGGGAUGUGAAGGAUAUAAACGUGUGUUUAGGACCAGUAACGUUAACUCUAUUGCUGCUGCUGUCCUGCUGCCUCAAUAUAGAGCCUUUCUCCAAAUGUGAUUACACACCAAUACAAAAUGUGUAUAUCUGCAGUUGUUAUUCCUACAAUAUAAUAUAACCAUAGUAGGGAUGGGCAUUUAAAAUAUUCCAUUACCCUCCACAACUGAAUUAAUCUGUCCUUUUAUUUACUUGAGAUGGUAGAAUAUACUAAGAAAAGUGUCUGCAUGGAUGUAUGAGGUCUGUCUAUAACGUCCCUUUUCUUCACCAUGCUUCUUGAGACUGACUCAACAGUGCCUCUGCUGGUUGCAGCCGAGUACGGCACUCUAUUAUUAACAACAUUUUGCAGAAUUCCUUCAAAUCACUUAAUAUGCUCAUCUCCUAAUCCAUGUAACUAUUUACACACAAAAAAAUUAAUCCAACAGUAUAUAUCUUAAAGGAUGGAUGCCGAGAUGAAGCCCUUUUGCAUGUGUGUGUUGUCCUUAGCGUGUUGCGAAGGCGGGAGACCCCGCCCCAAAUGUCCCAUCUCUCAGAAAAAAAAAACAGUUCUGUGAAAGCGCUGACCACCAGGAGGGACCGCCAUGUAGGCUACAAAAAAAUUAUAUACUUGUUUUAUAAACACAAAGAUAGUUUGUGGCUUGGAUGUUAGCGUGUUUGAUCCAUUUAUUGACACAUUUCAUAUCGUAGGUCGGGAAGUUGCAUACAUUGUGCAAUACUUAUUCAAACUAAACAUUAUGAAUGCUUAAUCCUAUUGUGGGACGUCUGCAGGCUAAUCCCUGCAUAUAAUCUACAUGCUAUAUGGUCUUCCAUGCAUUAUUUCACCUCCACCUAUUGAAAGUCGUGCAUUUUUUAUUGCGAGAGAGGUCUUGUUUUUGUCCCAAUAGAGUUGACAAAGAGCUCAAACAAUCAAUGAAAUCAUUACAGGAGGCAUUUUUGUUAAUAGUGACAUAUUUAGUUGUGUUUGUUUGUAUUGCAUUGACUUAUCUGACUUCAGAAAUGGAUGGCAAUUAAUAUUUUGUAUUGAUUUGCACUCGCUGUGCUUUGUGUGUGUGAACAUGGCUUGAAUUCAUUAACAGAAGGUUACUAUAGAGGCGACUAAUUUGUGUUGCCGGAUGGGAAAUGACAAAUGAUCGUACAUACCCAAUUUCACCAUGUACAACAAGGGGGGUCAUUUUUGGCGUGCAGUUGAUUUUCUGUACUCCCUUGUCAUUUUCUGAAAAUGUUUAUAAUGUAUCAUUAAUGAAGUAUAUAGAAAAAGGAUGGAUGGACGGAUGGAUGGAUAACAUAUAACAGGGGUCUGCAACCCGCAGCUCUAGGAGCUGCAUGCGGCUCUUUCAUGACUCCGCCGUGGCUCCCUUUGGCUUUAAAACAAAAUUCAUUCAGCAGUCAUUUCAAUUUAUUUAAUUUGAUUUACUUAUUUUAUUUUGAUGCAAGCGCUGUUAUUUUGGAGAAUUCGGUCAUCUUGAAAUGUAAAAAUAAAACAUAUUUUAAUCAUUUGUCAAUCAAAAUGUACAUCACACCCCCCUGUAUGUCAUACUUAGGUGGCAAGCAAUUGAAUAGUUUUUAGUAGUCAGCCCCUGGUAAGCUAACAAUAGACAGAUCAAAAGACAAAACAAUUUCUGAUGAAAAUACAACAUUUAACACUUCAUCGAUAGAAUAAUUUAGUUCGAUGUUGACAAGGCUGGUUCACCUGUGUGCUUAAUUUGUGAAAUGAAAAUAGCAAACAACAACAAAAACCACAGAAAGCGCAGAAAGCUGAUCAGAGCAAAAAUACUUGAUUUGAUUAAAAAAAAAUGCAAUAGCAUAGCUGUAAUAAAACUAUAAGUGGUGUUAUUGUCGUUUUAGGGAUCUAACAAAGUUUGUAUCUCAAGGUGGGUUUGUAUUUGGUAGGAAAUUACCUCAAAUGGUUAUUUGUAUGCUGAAGGUUGCCGACCCUUGAUAUACAAUAUUGACAACUAGAGGUGAGAAUCUUUAGAGACCUCAGAAUUCGAUCAGGUGACGAUUUGAUUCAGAAUCGAAACUAGAGUCAACACGAUUGUUGAUUCAAACUGAUCGUCCCAAUGUAUUAUUUGGUAUAAUAAUUAGAAUACAACCUUUUCAAAACAGCCUACAAAACCUCUUUUAGGUUGCCGAGGUAUACGCGCAGCGUGUAAGCAUGGAGCUGGCCUAAAAAUGGGAUUCUUAAAAAAAAUUUUAAUCGAUUUCUGAAAAUGAUGGAUCAAUUUAGAAAUGAAAUAAAUAACAAUUGUCAUACGAAUGGGAAUCAAUUUUUUGAGCACCCCUAAUAAAACUUUAACCAAAAGCUAAGAUUACCAGAUAGAGAUGUACAGUACAUUGAAUUGGUUUUAGCCUUUUUAAUGCACAAAAUAUAUCAAAGUUACAUUCUUUCAUUUUUCAGUAUGGGGGCCUCGGCGGACAACUCCUGUCUUGUAAUUUUACAUUUAAAUAAACUAUAAGCAUUGUUGGGAAAGAAAAACUUUCAAAACAGCGCCCCCACCUUGCUGUAAAGAGGCAAGCGACACGAUGCACAACAUCAGAUGCAGGAUGCAGGGAACAACCUGUUUGUGUUUGUUGUGUGUCGAAAGGGUCACAUAAUAGAAAGAAUUAUUAUGGUACAGUGGCGAUCGAUACUUUUCGUUCGAGCCUAUUUUACAUCUUGUAUCAGCAAGCUGUUACUACGUAGACUCAAAUGAUUCAAACCAGUCUAGAAAUACCUUGUUAUAAAACGUAUUUUACCCACAAUUUUAUUUUUGUGGCACAUUUUCCUCCAUUUAUGUUAAAGACAGUCAGACAACGCGACCGCUAACAAAGGACGUGCUUUGACUGAUUGGUUAAAUAGUAAUUCAAACUCUGACAUUUCAGAGCAGCUUUUUUCCCAUUCUAUUCACAUGCACGGCCCUCUGCUUGCGUUGCUGCAACACUUGCUUAAUUUCACUCUAAUCUCUUAAUCUGGUGGGCUAAUCCACUAGCCCUGCACGCUGAACUUCUUUGGCCCCACUUUGCCGCUCGUCCUCCUUGGCCUUCUCCGAAUUGUCCUACAUUUGUUCCUCCAAAGAAGGAUCAUUAAUUCGUUUCCAUGUUUUGUCACCGCGUUCAAUCCCAAAUAUUAAAUUCAAAUUCAUCUACAAAUUCUUGCUUCAGCCUUUCUGCAUGAGAAGUCUUAAGCCAAAGAUAAAAAUGUUCACCAACACACCAUAUGAGAGCAGAGAGAUGCAUAAACAAUGCAGGCUGCAUUAAAGCAGUGUUAUAAAAAGACUUACCCUUAUAUAACAGUAACAAAAGGUGCAUGCUUCUCAAAAACAUAACAGUGCCUCCUGGUGGACAGAAAAUGUUAUUGCCAGUGCCCAGGAAUAUUUUUUACCUCUUAAAGAGUUUCUGAAUUUAUCAAUACUCCCUGAUCAUUAAGAGAUGUCCUUGGAAAGCAAUAUAUUUCCAUCUUGUGUGGCUGUGUGACGUAUUUAUGGAAUAGGGUUGUGCAGAGACGUUUUUUUUUAAGGAUGAAAAGAAGUCAAGUAUUGUUUUCGACUGAUUAUUUUUCAUUGCAAUUUUCUGGUAAAGGUUAAAGAAUGUAUCAGCUGGGAUUGUAUCACGUCAGAUGAUUUAAAUUCCACGUUUUGUUUUUUUUAUCAUUAUUUUAAGAAAAGUAACCUGCUCGGUUGUCGUUUUAAUUUGGUGAAAUUGUCACUUUUUCUCCUUAAAAAUGCUUUCAGGUUGUAAAUUCUUACCCAAAAAACGCCACAGUGUGUUCUGACAGAAAAAUUAUGAGAAUAUGUCUAAAACAAAAAGAAAAGAAACCAAACAACCUACCCUACACUUUCCUUAUAUUACAUCCUAACCAUGAAUGUGGUGAAAAGAUAGGAAUCAGAUCAGUUUGUUGCCCAAAUGGAUGAUGAAUCUACACUGGAUCUUUAUUUUACGCUCUUACUGUAUGUAUAUUUUUGCUCAUGUUGACUGCAAAACAAGAUAGAGAAAUAAAUAAAUGUCAUUUAAAGGAA